AUGCCGACUCUUGACGUGAGCGAGUUGAAUGUGACCAUUGCCAUCAUUGGCGGAUUCAUGGUCAUUCAAGGACUAUUUUCAAUUCUGAUCAAAAGCCGACUCUUCCUCGGCGAAGCCCUACCUGCCAUGACCAUCGGCAUCGCCCUCGGCCCCAUCGCCGCCAACUUCCUCAACAACUCGCGUUGGGGCCCCGGCUCCCUGACCGACGCCGAAAAGUCGGCCAUAACUCACGGCUUCAUGCGCGUCCUCAUCAGCAUUCAGCUGCUCAUCGCGGGCUACCAGCUCCCCGCCCGGUACCCCUUAUCCAACAUGCGCGCCAUGUUCGUGGUCCUCAUCCCCGUCAUGACCAUCAUGUGGCUAUGCACAUCGGCGUGUCUCAUGGCCACGAUCCCCAAGGUCUCGUUGCUGGCUGCCAUGGCCAUUGGCGCCUGCGUCACAAGCACAGACCCCGUGCUUAGCCAGGCAAUUGCCAAGGGGAGGUUCGCCGAGAAGUAUGUGGCAAGGCCGCUGAGGGAGAUCAUUUCUGCUGAGGCCGGGGCGAACGAUGGGUUUGGGUUUCCGUUUUUGAUGUUAGCUACCUACUUGAUGAAGAGGUUGGAGCCGGAGAGGUUUCAUGGUGGUGGUGAUGGUGACAAGAGCAGGGGACUGGACGUGCCGGGGGCGGUGACUAUCGCUGGGGCUCUAGUCAGGCGGUUGGGCGAAGCGGGUCAGAAGAAUCCAAGCCUUAUUGAUCCCACUAUUGGGAUUGUUAUGGAAAACUGGGGAUUGGAGACGUGGCUCUAUACUGUUGUCAUGUCGGUCCCUUAUGGUGCAGUCAUCGGAUUUGGGGCGGGAAAAGCCAUCAAGUACUGCUUGCGCCGUAAAUGGAUCGAUGAAGAGAGCUACCUGCUCUUCCCGGUUGCUCUUGGUCUAUUCGUCGUUGGCACGUGUGGAUGUAUCGGCACUGACGAUCUUCUGGCCUCUUUCUGCGCAGGCUGCGCUCUCAACUGGGACGGCGAGUACCUAGCUGAAACAGAAGAGCGUGACGACGAAGUCAACUCGAGCAUCGACGUGCUCCUCAACUUGACCGGGUUCAUGUACGUCGGCAUCAUCAUGCCCUGGAGCCAAUUCCACGACCCCCACGGGACAGGCAUCACCAUUUGGCGUCUUCUUGGACUAGGCUUUAUGGUUCUCCUCUUCCGGCGCAUCCCCGCCCUGCUCAUCAUGUACAAAGCCAUGCCCAGUUGCGUCAAUAACUGGAAAGAGGCUAUCUUCAUGGGCUACUUUGGCCCCAUAGGCGUCGGUGCCGUAUUCUAUGUCGAGCACGCCAAACCGCUCUUUCCCCCCUUAGGCAAAGCCGACACAAUGGAAGACAACCUGCUGCGCGCCCUCGUACCCUGCGUCUACUUCCUUGUCUUCUUCAGCAUCGUGGUGCACGGCCUCAGCAUCCCCGCCUUGAACGCCAUCUACCAGUACUACGACGUAGCACCCGUAACCGACGACGCUGUCCAGGUCCGGCGCAAGAGCAAAGCCAUUGCGACGCCCGUCAACGCCCGUCCUGAUGAUGAAGACAGCGAUUACUUCGUCGCAUAUAACCGAUUCAGUCGGCCCGGGCAGGGACACCGGCGCACGGUUGCUUUGGAGGGGCUGCCGGUGUCUAAUAAUACGAUGAGAGAAAGCCAUAAUGGUAAUAGGCGGAAGGAAGAACGAGAAGGAGAGCGCGGCGAUGUUAUUGGACGGGCUGAUACUAUUGCCGAGAUAGUGGAGGAGGGUAGAAUGAGUUGGGGGAUUGACUCGGUGGAGGAGGAGAAGGUGAGGGCUCAGUCUAGGGCUGAGAGUUUGACUAAGUUGGGGUGA